UCCCAUGCUUUGUAGCACAUUCAUGCAUAUUUAGUGCUGCAUAAUUCAAACGUUUAAUUUAUGACAGUGUUCUGUGAGCAUUUAAUACUUGAGCAUCCUGGAUUUUUUUUUUGGAGAUCAUUUGUAAUCGUUCGCCGUUAUUUUUGGUGGCAUGGUGGAAGCAAAUUUAAAAUAUGCUAAUUUGUAUACCAAUUAAAUAGUUGGCCCAACUGGAAUACAUGUGUGGCUGUGGAAUCGGUGGACGUGUGUGUGUUAGAAAGGGGAGCUAAUCUCUGUCCUUGACGAGAUGCGCUAGUGACCUUGUUUAUUAUUCUGAGGGAGACUGAGGGCUUUCGAUCGAAAACGCAGUGGCGAGCAAACCGGAAAGGCAGCGCAAUGUGAAACGAGAUACAGAAGCUCACUCGAUUGCAACUGUGGACUGGUUGGAUUGAGCAGUUGAAUUGUGGAGCGGCUGGAGGUCAUUCUGCAGCGAGAGCCUGUGUGUGUUUGGGGGGCAUCUGGAGACGCUGCUGGAGACCGGCAGCACAGCAGCGUCUGAAAAUAAAACAAUGUUUCCGAGCGACCGCUUUCUGUCCUGGAACUGCCUCUCUCGAUUAAGUUUACAAUUAAAACCUUACACCCGAAGCAUAUAUUCCUACCUCUUUUAAAUCUGUUAAUUUGUGUUGCUUUGUUUAGUUGAAACGUCAAGAAUAUAUUUUCUUUUGCGAUUUUAAUCUUAUUACAAAAGUAGGAGGAACUUAUUUCUCUUUAAAAUUGGCGGUUUCACAGCUUUAAGAAGAUUCAGUCAUCUGCGACAACGGAUUUCAAGGGCGAACGGACAGAAUCACAGAAUUGGGCGAUUGAUGGGACUUAAUUGAACGCAGAGCGGCGCCUCGGUUUCGCUGGAACAGUAGAAAAAACGGCUGCUCUUUAGAAAUAUAUACUGGGUACAACUACUGCAAAUCGGAGAUUUCCCAGGAGAGGGCUUGAAACAAGACCAGAGAGACACCAGCACUCACCCACUACCCUCUCCCUCCGAGAGAUAUGUAUUCAGAUCCCUCUGGAAGAGAUCUGUUGGGAAACAGAACCCUGUUUUUCAUAUUUAUUUGUUCUUUUGCAAUAGUCACUUUGCUGCAGCAGAUUCUGUAUGGCAAGAACUAUAUUAAAAGUGGACUACAUUAUAAAAGGGAGAAUGCGGAAGAGUUGGAUAAUAUGACAGGGACCUAUAAUUUCACGGAUGAUGGAGGACAGAAGACUGACAGUGGUUUGAACAGCAGGUACUUUGAGUUGCGUGAAGCUUCAUUUGAAUACAACUCCUCAACAUGCUGGAAGCUACGGAAUGAGAUCAUGGAGGUGAAGAUACUUUCCAUGGUGAAACAGUCUGAACUGUUUGACAGAUGGAAGACCCUACAGCUGUGUAAAUGGGAAUUGAAUGAGACUGCAGCCAAUAUUUUCAAAUCUCAUUUGACUCGAUGCUGCAAUGCACCAGUGUAUCUAUUUACGACACAGAAGAACACCCCGAAGGGCAUUAAACUGAAGUAUGAAGUAGACAGCAGUGGCUUCAUCUUCAUCGAUGCUGAAGUCUUCCAGUUGUUUCCGAAGGAAAUGCCUUAUUCGCGCUCCCAGUUUAAGAAAUGUGCAGUGAUCGGGAAUGGAGGAAUCCUGAAGGACAGUAGGUGUGGGAAUGAGAUUGACUCUGCAGACUUUGUGUUCAGAUGUAAUUUGCCACCAAUUUCUGAAAAGUAUAUCACAGAUGUUGGAGCGAAGACUGAUAUUGUGACCAUAAAUCCGAGUAUUGUAACUGAGAGAUUCCAAAAAUUAGAGAAGUGGAGACGACCAUUUUAUGAAGUCCUACAAGCCUAUGAAAAUGCAUCAGUGGUUAUGCCAGCUUUCUACAACACCCGCAACACAGAUGUUUCAUUCAGGGUCAAGUAUGUCCUGGAUGAUUUUGAAUCUCAACAAUCCAUGUUCUAUUUCCAUCCACGAUAUAUUGAGAAUGUCUCCCGUUUCUGGAUGAGACAGGGGCUGAGAGCCAAACGACUGAGCAGUGGCUUAAUGUUGGUGACAGCUGCCAUGGAGCUGUGUGAAGAGGUCCAUCUCUAUGGUUUUUGGUCAUUUUCAAUGGACCCCUCUGGUUUCUACAUCACCCACCAUUACUAUGACAAUGUCAAACCUCGGCCUGGCUUCCACAAGAUGACUACUGAGAUCUUUAACUUUCUGCACAUGCACAGUAAGGGGAUUCUCCAAGUCCAUACUGGGACUUGUAGCUGAAAUUCAACAUCCUUUCACCAGUUGGGUGGACCUACCUAUAAAUCAUAUCAACUAGAUUGAAUUUUACUUAGUAUACUUUGAGCUUCAUGGAAUGGAUCAUCCUUCCACAUUACUGGCUAGAUAAACACACAAUAAAUAAGGUAGUGAUACUUUCACUGUGAUUAGCCAUUCAAAGUUCCUGGGUGGGACGUAGGUGUGUAGUUUAAAGCCCUCCUAAGAGUUGGAUAUGGGUUUGUUAGAACGUUAAAAUAUUAACACACUGACUCAAGGCUUCGUAGAAACAAAAACACUCCAGAUGUUGGAAUCUUGCCCCAGUCCUGAAGAAGGGUUACACCCAAAAUGUUAAUUUCUUCCCCUCCUGAUGCUGCCUGGCUUGCUGUGUUCUUCCAGCCUCCUGCCUGUCUACUCAAGGCUUCAUAGGACAAUCAGUAUUUACCAGGCUGUUUUCCAAAAGUCUGAUUCUCCAAAGAACUCAAGAAAUUCUUCCAUUAUUUAGUAUGAUUUAAUUAUGGAUUGUUUUUGAGUUUAUAAGGCUCAGUUAGGGUUAGUUACUUGGUUUUACAUCCAAGUGUAAAGAAUAUCCCAUUCCUACCCUGCUUUGCCAUCCUGACAAAAAACAACAUUCACUCCUCCCAAAUCAGAGGAAGAUAUGGACUGAAAAUGAUGAGUGAGUACAGUUGGAGAUAAUCAAAAUAAGCAGGUUUUAAAUUAUGCAAGUUUCAGAGCUUAAUUUCAUUAAAUCUGCAAGGAGUGUCUCUUGCCUGGAAUGUGUAUUGAAAAUUUCUAGGCAUGCUGUCAAAAUGUUUCCAUCCAGUACAUUUUGAUGACUGUCUCUCCCUUUAUAACAUACUUAGACAAGGGCGAUUAUUGGAAAAAUAGAUAAAUCUUUGUCAUACUUGUUCAUUUGUCCUUGCAUGAAAUUGGAAGAAACUUCAAGAAACCAGUGCAACUAGUUAAUGUUCCAGGUGUUAGUAUCAUGGUUUGAUUAUUGUCCUGAAAUAAUGUAGGACUAUGAUCAGUAAUGACUAUGUAUGGUCUGGGCUGCUUGCAUUAUCUAGAAACCUUGGCUGGUAUCUAGUUAUUUGCAUGUGUGUUUCUAGCUGGCAGUCACCAUCGUGCAGUUUUAAUAACUCUUUCCCUGCUCUUUCAAUCAAUGUUGUGCUUCCAGAAUCACAGAACUGUUACAGUCCAUUAUUGCCUGCACAAGCUCUCUAACUCAGUACCGAUCACUUGCCAUUUUCCCUGUAGCCCUACAUGGUAUUUCUGUUUAAAUGAUCAUCAAACUCCUUCUUGAAUGCUUCCGUGGAGCCUGCCUCAACCACACCUCCAGGCGCAGUAUUCUAGACCUUAACUGUUCACUUUGUGAAGAGGUUUUUAAUCUCACUUCACACUUGGAGAAGGGUGGGACUGUUUUCCAAGGGGAAGAAAAGGCAAAGACACUUUCUAAAUCAUGAGGUAUUUGGACAUAGUAGAUAGGGAGAAACUGCUCGUCCUGCUGGUAAGAUGAUGAAGAACUAGACAGCACAAAUUUAAACUUCUCCAUUUUUUAAACUCCUUGAUUGAAGUUUCUUAUUCCUGGAACUGUUUGUGUAAACUUUUUCUGCACUUGCUCUAACUGAACUUUUAUUGUAAGGGUGGCGUGGUGGCUCAGUGGUUAGCACUGCUGCCUCACAGCACCAGGGACCCAGGUUCGAUUCCAGCCU